AUGACUUUAGUUUCUCACACUAGAGUUUCUAUUGACAGUGGGUCUGUUCUACCAAAGACUCCAAGUUCCUUAGGUAGAGCUACGCAAGAGGUUCCUGUUAAACAACGGUUUGUUAUCAGCAAAAUGAUCUUAAAUAAUUUUAAGUCGUACUUUGGUAAACAGGAAAUAGAUGCGCUUUUAUUUGUAUUUGGUUAUCGAGCAAAUAAAAUGAGGCAAGCCAAAUUAUCAGAACUUAUUCAUUCAUCACAAGGAUGUGAAAAUCUGGAUGCUUGCAGUGUUGAUAUAUAUUUUGACGAAAUUCUUGAUUUGCCUGGUUCGAAUAAUUAUGAGAACUUCAAAUAUAAGGUCUCUCUUGAAGAAGCAAAUGAAAAAGGUGAAACAUUGGAUGAAGAACGAGCAGAAAAAUUAAAUCGCGUUAAAAUAGUUGAAAAGGAGAAACUAAGUUUAAAGGCCAAGAAUAAAGAAGCAAAAAAUUAUCUCCGAGAUGAAAACACAUUAACUUUGAAACAGUCCGCCCUUUAUCAAAAAAAAUUGCUAGGGUGUAAGAUUAAUUCUGAAAUAUCUACUAAGGCUGUG